CCUUCAAAAAAUAUUAAAUAAAAUAUUAAAAGUUUCCUCUGCACAAAGCAAACGAGAUAUUUCAUUGAAUAAGUGUGCUCGUAAUCUGGAGCUCAUUUAAAUUAAAGAGAACACAAGAUCACAACAAAUUGAGGGCCCAGUUCUGCUUAAUCCAUCAGAGAGACUGGUUGCUUAAGAUAGUGAAUAUAUGUACUUUAGGGAACGAAUUGUGUCACAUUGCUCAUGUAUUAUUUUUCACUGCAUUUUGUGUGUCUGGCAUUGUCCUUGGGCACCAGUUUAGCCUGGUUACUACAUGGUCCAAAUGUUUGCAGUCAGCCGAAAAGGGUUCAGUAUACCCACAAGGUUCUUAAGAGCAAAUGGGUUCCGUAUCAACUGCCUACAAGUUUUCACAGUUGGGUGACCAGAUACAGACCCAAAUUUGCCUACGAAGAUGAGACUGCGUAUAGAACCGAAUUGAUAAACACUUGCUGUGACGGCUACGAAGGAUCCAUUGAGAACUGCAAACCUGUCUGCACGCAAAAGUGUCCUGCACAUGGUUUCUGCUCCUCUCCCAAUGUUUGCAGUUGCAACACGGGCUACGGCGGGUACGAUUGCCAUCCAAUUUGUCCGGCGAAAUGUGGAAAACACGAGUUUUGCGAUCAGCCCGGAGUCUGUAGCUGCCAAAAUGGCUACAAGCGAACCUCGCCCAGCGGCAAUUGCCUUCCUGUUUGCCAAGAGAAAUGUGGACCCCAUAGCUUCUGCGCGGAGCCCGGAAAAUGCGAAUGUGAAUCUGGGUACCAGAAACAGGAAAACGGCACCGCCUGCCGUCCAGUUUGUUCGCCCAAGUGUGGCGAAAACGCUCGAUGCCAGGAGCCAUCAGUGUGCACCUGUCUAGACGGAUACAAGGCCGAUUCAAAGGGCAAUUGCUUGCCGUUUUGCCAGAAACAUUGUGGCCAAAACAGCCGAUGUGUGAAGCCAGAUGUGUGCGAGUGUGAAAAUGGACAUACCGGUGACGAAGCAGGAACCAAUUGCCAACCCGUGUGUUCCCCUCUUCCGGAGAACGGAAUUUGCUCGAGCCCCGGCGUUUGGACCUGCAAGCCAGGUUACGUGACGAGAGAUGAUGAUGAUCGCUGCCAGCCGCAUUGCGAGGAAAACUGCUCGGACUACGAACAGUGCGUGGCGCCAAACCAGUGCGAGUGCAUUUCGGGCUAUGAGUCGACUGGGGCGGACAAUAAAUGCGAGCCCAAGUGCAGCAAAGAAUGCGCCAAUGGCUUUUGCUCUUCGCCGGAGAAGUGUGUCUGCAAUAUUGGCUACCUAAUGGGACCCAACGAAGUUUGUGAGCCACAAUGCAGCCUAGUUUGUAUUCACGGCAAGUGCACCAGCCCAGAAACCUGUUCCUGCGAUCCGGGAUAUCGUUUCAGGGACAACUCCCAACACAUUUGCGAUCCGAUUUGCGAGAGUGGCUGCAGCAACGGAGACUGUGUGGCACCCAAUAUUUGUAUUUGCCACGUGGGCUAUCAGCCGAAUGACACAAAUCCUGUCACUUCUAUGUGUCAGCCGGUCUGCGAAGGCUGCGAGUUCGGAGAUUGUGUGGCACCGAAUGAAUGCCAGUGCAGUAUGGGCUAUGAGAAAAUCAACGAUGACUGCGCGCCACAAACCACGACAGACUCCAAUGAGUACAGCACCACAACUGAACAGUCCCAGACGUCAACUACCGAACUGGACCCGUACUCCAUAACAACACCUAAUCCAAUAGAGACAACAACCAGCGAAGUUCACCACUUCAAUUGCACUGCCGAUUGCAUGUGCUGGAUUGAAUAUGAUGAGAUGGGUACUUUCAAUACGGCCAAGUGCGCCAGGAUCUGCGUGGAUUCCCAGGACAAGCCGUGCCUCAACUGGAAUAACUGCCACUGCGAUCUGCCGAGUGGCCAGCUGGUGUGCCAGGAGGAGGAUAGUAGCGUGAAUUACAGCGGGGAGAAUUCGCGUUACGUGUGCCAAAUUUUGCAAGCCAAGAAGGCAAUGUCAGAGGCCGCAGCCCGGAUUCCAGAGCGAACUGAAUCGUCCCCGAAUUGGAUGGUUAUUAUGGGCUCCGUCGCUGGAAUGAUCCUUGGUGUGGCCGCCGCAAUUGUUGGCACCAAGUACUAUCGUCGGGCAAAUCGAAGAAUCUAUGAAAAUGAUAUUUAAUAGCUUACACCCAUAUAAAAUUACUCAUUACUUGCAAAGUCGGUUGUAAAAUUGUUAAAUGAC